AUGGAUGGCAACGGACGGUCGGGACACGGACACGGAAGAGGCACGAUGGAACAUGGACGAGACACGGAUGGAACACGAACACGGACACAGAAGAGACUCAAAAGAAAUACGGAAUGGAAUGGAAUACGGAUGGCGGACGAACUGAACACGGACAAACGGGUAACGCACGGACGAAACACGGAAGGGACAUGGACGAACGGAACACGGACGAACGGAAUACAGAGGGGUUACGAACACGGACAGGACAUGGAUGGGACACGAAGGGGGCACGGUGUGGGCACGAAGGGGGCACGGAGGGGGCACGGAGAGGGCUCGGAGGAGGCACGGAGCGGGCUCGGUGGAGGCACGGACGGGACACGGAUGGGACACGGACGGGACGCGGGCGUCGGACGAGACACGGACGGACGGGACAAGGACGAACGGGACACGGACGGACGAGACACGGACGGACGAGACACGGAUGGACGGGACACGGACGGACGGGACACGGAUGGACGGGACACGGACGGACGGGACACGGACGGACGGGACACGGACGAACGGAAUACAGAGGGGUUACGAACACGGACAGGACAUGGAAGGGACACGAAGGGGGCACGGUGUGGGCACGAAGGGGGCACGGAGGAGGCACGGAGAGGGCUCGGAGGAGGCACGGAGCAGGCUCGGUGGAGGCACGGACGGGACACGGACGGGACGCGGGCGUCGGACGAGACACGGACGGACGAGACACGGACGGACGGGACACGGACGGACGGGACACGGACGGACGGGACACGGACGGACGGGACACGGACGGACGGGACACGGACGGACGGGACACGGACGGACGGGACACGGACGGACGGGACACGGACGGACGGGACACGGACGGACGGGACACGGACGGACGGGACACGGACGGACGGGACACGGACGGACGGGACACGGAUGGACGGGACACGGACGGACCACGGACGGACGGGACACGGACGAACGGGACACGGACGGACGGGGCACGGACGGGACCAGGACGGGUCACGAACGGGACGCGGACGGGACGCGGACGGGACAUGA